CACGUAUUUAGGAUCCGUAAAACUAUUAAUUCUUCAAUCUCCUGGAGCGUUCCGGAAUUCCAGCUCGGAAUGUAAAUAAACAAUGGAAGUGACCGUGCGGCGUCAGAUCGUCAAAGGCUACCGGACGAUUAGUCUCUUCAAGGUGCUGAUUCGCGAAACAUCUCGUUUUCCCUCGUCCCGACUUUUCCCGAGUACUGAACAUUCCAGUCAAGAAAUUUACAUAUACAGACGCCAUCGAGGAAAAAAAUAGAUAAUAAGGUGGAACACGUGGUUACCAAGGAUUCGCCAGGUGGACGUUGACAGGGAGAGACGCAACAUCACACAGUCGCUUAGGUGGGUGGCAACUUUAGUGUCAUCCCGAAGCGAGUUUUUCCAGGGUCUCGUAGAGGGAGUCGCGCGGCGCCGAAGAGGGGGUGAGUUCUGGGGGCCGGAUACUUCGGAUUUUUUCGAGGGCUCCGUUUUCCUCGCAAGGUGUCGAGUUCCGUGGUUCGAGGUAGCUGAGCCAGGAUGUCGUCUAGCGGAGAAUUUUCAACCCUUUCGAGCGGCGAAGCCACGGGCACGGGAGAGGAUUCUCUGCCGAGCUCCAGAGAAGCCACCGCGGAAGCUGCAGGCUCCGGGGGCGGCUUCGUGCCCCUUAGGGAGUUCCUCGACAGAUUCUCUUUGCCGAGAGUCGUCAGGGUGGAAGGUGCCGGAGGAAGGCCGAUCUUGCUCUACAAACAGCAGCCCAGAUCUCUUAGGGUGACCGCGACGCUGUUGAUGCAUCGGUACAGGCACGAUGUCAAGGUGGGCCCGGAAAUCGUCAUUCCCGAAGGAUACCCCGGAUGGUUCUCCGUGGUGUCGAAUAACAGCGGUACCGGAAGUGCCAGGGUCUACCGGAGAGUGGGCGCGCUGGUCAAGGCUGGGGUUCCCGCCUUCUUGUUGGCCAAACCCUUGAGGGCCUACACCCUCACGCACUCCAAAAUGGAAAAUGGAAACCUCCGUGCUCAUUAUACGAAGACGACGGUCAGAGCUGGCGAGGUGCUCCGAUUAGCCGCCGUAUUCCAGGACACCCGAAGAGCGCCGAUUUCGGGUGGAAUCGCCGCAACCUCUGGUAUCGCUUCCGAUGGCAAAAGUUCAAGGUCUUCGGAGAGAGACCAAUACGCCCAGUGCUUGGAUUCUCAUGGUCACGAGAUAUUCGCAGCCUUAUCGGCAAGGGGCGAGUUUUACGCCACCUGCCAAAGCGGCAGUUUGGACACUGGAAGCGAUGCAGUUCUUUACAGAGUGCAUCAACUCGCCAGGAGGGACUUGCCUCUCAGGGUUCGCCUGGUGGCUGGACCAUUGCCGAUACCACUGCCGCGAGAUUACAGCGGCCUGAUGCAGCUCGAGGGUGCAACGAGAGGUCCCAUCGUUUUGGGAUGCGCGGUUCCGUUGAUGCCAGAACGGCCGAUCCCUAAUCCCGCGAUUCCGGAGCUUUUGGAGUUGGUCGCGACCGGACCCACGGCACCAAGAGUCAAACGAGCGAGGUUAGGAUGUCCAUCCGAAGCAAGGCUAUUGGCGUCCCCGAAGAUGCAACGACUGCUCUCCGCAUGCAGGCGAGCCUUGGACCAAAGGGCGACGGAGCCGCGGGUGGCGCCCCCCAAGCCGGUAUCAGGGGGCACCCAACUGAAGGAGCUGCACCUGAAGGAGAUCAAGUCGAAACCGGAAGCGAAGCCGAUCCUGCAGAGUCUAAAGGAAGGUCUGGAGCACAUCAGGAAGAGUACGAUCCGCGAUCGGAGCAACUCGCGCGGUAACGCCGGAGGCAACCACACCGGCGGGAUCGGUUUCCUAGACAGGAUCACGAGGAUAGCGCAGGGUAGCAGGGGCAGGAACCCUGCGAAAAAGUCAGCAUCCUUCACGUUCGCCGUGCGUCCCGAGAUCGGCAUGAGGUCGCCCGAAAGGUACGCCAGUUUGGAGUCCGACUCGAAUGCCCUGGUACCGGUUGGACUGGGUCGACAACAGGUGCAAAGAUCGGUUUCCACCAGCGUCCUGGAGGUCCAGUCUCAGAGGGACCUCGAUCCACCCUAUUCCAAGGUCAGGGACAGUUUGACCCCCCUGCCCCCGACCCCACCUCCAAGAACGGAGGAGAUAUACGCGGAAAUAUGCGAACUACCGGACGAAGUGCGAAGAGCUGCCCGGGAUGGGAAGUCGAAACCGUCGGAUGUCUGCGGGACCAGGGAGAAGGACAGAGGUUACGUCAAGUUGGCGGCGCAUUCGGAGAUCUCGGACGUGUCGGCGGAGGACGAAGAGGCCAUCUACAACACGGUUUGCUGAGAGGGUACCGAGUCCUCGGUAGAAGGGUCAAGUCGCGUUCACUAAUCGCCAUUCGGAAGAUUAUGGCGAAAAAGCUAUAUGCGAAAAAGUGGAAUUCGUUUCGUGCUCGCGAAGCGAUUAUCAGGAUCAACCAUUAGCGAUGAAAGGAACGACGCGGGUGUUCUGGAACCAGGAGAAAUUAAAGCUCGAUCUGUGGGUGUAUAGAACACUCCGAUGCUUUAACUGCGAACUAUUAAUUCCCAUUAAGAGGAUCUCGAUGCCAACGGCGACUUUCCAUGUUUCGGAUAUCCUGUGAUUUAGCAUUUCCCCGUGAGAUGCGGAACAGAAGGUCCGAAGACCCCGCGAGAUCGCGCCGCCAUGACGGGUUACCUUUACCGAAGCGCGACUUUAGCGACGAAGUUCGCGAUCUGUAUAAUUUUUGUAUGUUUCUGUACAUUCUAAGUGAA